AUGCGCUAUGCUAACAGCUCUGCUUCGAAGCAGGUCGCGUCAGCCAUUAGGCGAAAUGGUUUUGGAGUAUUCAGAAGACAUCUGGCCACAGAAUCAACAGCUACACCUAAAAAGAAACCCCGGAUUGUGCGCAGAAUAUUCUUCGCUACCGCUACCCUUACUGGAUCCUUCUACGUUGGCAGUGCUUUCCUCGCAUUCAACAACCCUGACUACUAUGAUUUCUUCUCGGAACAUGUACCACUUGGUCAAACUAUGCUCGAAUACGGUGAAGCUAACCAUUGGGAUACCAUGACACUGCAUUCUGCGAUCGACUAUACUGUACGAACAGCAACCUCAUUGAAGGAUUUCGUAACGGAGAAAGUCAAUGGGGCGCCAACAACGGUCAAAGAGGUCAAGACAAUGGCAGAGAAAACCGCACACGACGCUAAAGCCGCGACCAUCAGGACCAUUGCGGCUUCGAAAGAGCGAGUAAAGGAUGUGGCAGCACACGUUAAAACUGAUGUGCAGAAGGGGGAAGAUAAAGUUACUGGAAAAGCUGCGGCGAUUGCCAAACACCAAAGUGAGGAGUUGAUUGAGGGCCUUAGUGAUCUCGUCAAAAAGGCGGAAGAAGCUCUUGCCUUGAAACCUGGCAGCAGUUCUAAUCCUCCCGGUGCUCCUACCGAGAACGAGUCGACACCCGAAUUCAAAACAACGGAUGUAUACGAGGCCCCCCUUCCGGUUGGAUUUGAGCCCCCACCAGGCUUCUCUCGACCUCCUACCCCCAAAAAAGAGCCUCCUCCUCCCAAAUACGUUGACCUUCCUCUUGUUGCACCUGCUGUUUCAGAUCUUGCCUCUUCUGAGCCCAUAAUAUCUCAUUUAGCCGGGACAAUCGAUAACCUCGCCUCUUUCCUGAAAAGCAACCCCGAAGCGGCAAGUCGUGUGACUGACGUCCUUGAUCUUGCGAAGGCGGAUCUGUCAUCACUUGCUCAGCGAAUCGAAGGUGCGAAGGAAGAAGAGAGAAAAGGUCUCGAGACAAUGCUGGACGAGCAAACCAGAGAGUACACCCUAAAACUUCUUGAAGUCGAGAUGGAAGCACAAGACAGACUGGAUAACCAGGAGGAAGAAUUCAGAAAACUAUUUGAUCUCCGUCAGAGCCAACUCGUCCAAACUUACCGCCAGAAAUUAGAGGAGGAAUUGAAAACUCAGACUGAUCUUAUCAACGAGAGACUCAAAAACGAAGUUAUUGCCCAGGGCAUCGAACUCCAACGUCGCUGGAUCCGCGAGAUUAAAAUGCGCGUAGAGGAGGAGCGUGGUGGACGUCUUGCCAAAAUUGAUGAAUUAUCCACUCAACUCAAGCGUAUUGAAAGAGUUGCGCUCGAUAAUUCUGCUUAUCUGGAUGAAAACAUUCGUAUUCACGCGCUCUGGUCCGCCAUCCGUGCACUCUCUUCAUCCGCCCUCUCCUCUCAUGUUCGGAAACCUUUCCGAGAAGAGCUUCGGGUAGUGCGCCACAUUUCUGCUGCCCGUGAAGAUCCUGUCGUGUCAGCUGCAUUAGAAACUCUAGAAACUUCAGAGAUCCCUGAUAUCGGUGUAGAGCCCUUCGCCGACCUUGCAUCAUGGUACACAACGUCCGUUGCUCCCAAAGUGAGCACUGUAGCAUUGGUGCCAGAUCAAGAUGCCGGUUUGCUCUCACACCUCGCAAGUCAUCUCUUGAGUUCCUUCCGGUUCAAGAGACAUGGUCUAGUGGAGGGUAAUGAUGUGUUGAGCGUAUUGUCACGGGCGGAGUACUAUUUGAAUGAAAAGGAUCUCGAUUCUGCUACAAGGGAGCUGAAUCAGUUGAGUGGAACUGCUAAGGUCAUGUUGAAUGAUUGGUUAGAGGCUGCUAGGAAGCGUCUAGAAGUUGAACAAGCCCUUGAAGUGGUGCAUGCUCAAGCAACUCUCGCCUCAUUGCUCAUCGUGUAA